AUGACGUCACGCACAGCCAGUAGAAACAUGGCGACGAAGAGUCUCCGUCAGCGCAACAGACGGGGAAGCAAACAGGACGCCAACAACGUGAACAACACACCUACUCCUGACAACCGAGCCACAAAAGACGACAAAUGUGUUGAAGACAACAAGUCCAGUGACCCCCGAAAUGAGUCAUCCGGUAAGGCAGGUCAGGUUUGGGCUCCUGAGGGCUCCACAGCCUUCAAGUGCCUGGUUUCAGCCCGCUUCUGUGCUGCACUGCUCAGUAACAUCUCUGACUGUGAUGAAACCUUCAAUUACUGGGAGCCAACUCACUAUUUGCUCUAUGGAACAGGGAUGCAGACAUGGGAGUAUUCCCCAUCCUACGCCAUUCGUUCCUAUGCGUAUCUCUGGCUCCAUGCCCUUCCUGCCUGCUUUCAUGCCAAAAUAUUACAGACAAACAAGGUCCUUGUGUUUUAUUUCCUGCGCUGCAUGUUAGCGUUUGGCUGUUGUGUGUGUGAGCUCUACUUCUACAAGGCUGUGUGUAAGAAAUUUGGCUUGCAUGUGGGACGGCUUCUGCUGGCGUUCCUUGUCCUGAGUGCAGGGAUGUUCUGCUCCUCUGCAGCUUUCCUGCCGAGUACUUUUUGCAUGUACGGUACAGUGGUAGCUAUGACUGGCUGGUUCCAGGGGCGUCCGAGUCUGGCUGUGCUGGGUGUUGCAGCAGGGGCCAUAGUGGGCUGGCCCUUCAGUGCGCUGCUGGGUAUACCCAUUGCCUUUGACCUGCUGUGGCUGAAGAAGAAGUGGAAGAGUUUUAUCAUGUGGACACUGGUGGCAUUGCUGCUUUUUCUGGUCCCUGUGGUUAUAGUAGACAGCUACUACUAUGGCAAGCUGGUGAUUGCUCCUCUGAAUAUAAUAAUGUACAAUGUAUUUACUCCCCAUGGGCCAGAUCUUUAUGGCACAGAGCCCUGGCAUUACUACUUUGUGAAUGGUUUUCUAAAUUUCAACAUUGUAUUCGUGUUGGCCCUGUUUUCUCUUCCUCUCACGGCGCUUAUGGAGGCACUGCUUCAAAGAUUCAAUGUUCAGAACCUCGGCCGACCGUACUGGUUAACUUUGUCUCCAAUGUACCUGUGGAUGCUGGUGUUCUUCACUCGUCCGCAUAAAGAGGAACGCUUUCUGUUUCCCAUCUACCCUCUCAUCUGUCUGUGUGGGGCGGUGGCGCUUUCCUCAUUGCAGAAGUGCUAUCACUUCAUAUUCCAACGCUAUCGUCUGGAACACUACACCAUCUCCUCCAACUGGCUGGCUCUGGGCUCUGUGCUGCUGUUUGGAGUGCUUUCACUGUCCCGAUCUGUGGCCCUCUUCAGAGGCUAUCAUGCACCACUGGAUUUGUACCCAGAGUUUCAUCGCAUUGCUAAAGACCCUGCAAUCCACACUGUUCCAGAGGGGAGACUGGUCAAUGUUUGUGUCGGGAAAGAGUGGUACCGCUUUCCCAGCAGUUUUUUUCUGCCUAACAACUGGCACCUACAGUUUAUCCAAUCAGAGUUCAGGGGUCAGUUACCAAAGCCAUAUGCCAUGGGUUCUGAUGCCACCUGGAUCAUCCCAUCAGACAUGAAUGAUCAGAAUCUCGAGGAGACAUCACGAUACGUAGAAUUGAAGCAGUGUCAUUACCUGGUGGAUCUGGCAACAGAAACUGAAGCCCCUCGUGAACCACGAUAUGCCGCGAACAAAGAGGAGUGGAGCAUUAUUGCUGACAAGCCUUUUCUAGACACUACCAGGUCCUCCAGACUUCUCAGGGCCUUUUUUAUCCCAUUUCUGUCUGAGCAAUACACCACCUACAGCAGAUAUGUCAUCCUCAAACCGAGACGACCCAAACACACGCGGAAGAGACCACAGGCCUGACCUGCCAUUCCUUCUCUUUUCCAUCAUGGCAUUCCUCUAUCCGUCUUCUUUCCUGCAGUGCUUCCUCAUUUGCUUCCGAGAUGUUCCUGCUCUUUCUGUGCUCAUAUGUGUGUGAUUUGUGUUUAAGUGUGAGCAAGGGAGUGUUUGUUUUUGACCAUCUUUGCUAUGAAGCCAUGCAGUGUCGACCUGUAUGUAGACAUCAGAUCCAGCACAGAGCAUGGAUGCCUUACCCAUCAUCCCGAUCCUCUCUGAUUCAUUCCAUGCCUUCAGUUUCUUUAGCCCUGCUCGGGCUUCUCUGCAGCGUUUCAGAAGAGCUCCGUUUAGACGACCCUUUAAGGACUUAAUGUCCCUUAUUUGUUAUGACCUCAUCCUUGAUCUGGGACAAUGAACUGUUUCUCCAUGAAUUCAGACCCAAACCAGAUCUCACGUGUUAUCAUCCAGAGCCAUGAACUGCUCUUCAUUCGUCCUGUUGGAGCCGUUGGGUUUAGGCCUUCUUCAGCAUCUCAGGAUGAAAGUUGCACCAAAAACUCUCUCGGUUCUGUCAUCUGUGGAAGUGGACAUUGACUAUGAGGUCUGACCGCAGACCAGGACAAUUGAGUGUUUACAUUCCAAAUCAUGUCUGUCAUAUCAUAUCAGUGUUAACUGUGAUGGAGUGUAAUAAAAGAAGGCUGUCUUAAUGUG